AUUAAUAUUAUACGAAUAACAUUAUGAUAUUAAGGAGUUUAUAAUUAAUAUAACUAAUACAUCUAUCUUUUCCAAGUUCAAUUCUCUAUUAGGACGGAAUGGUUAUAUUAACUCGAAUUUUAGGUUACGCCGCAAAGUUACCAAGAAAAUAUAAACGACAAGGAUUGAUUGAUAGUUUACGUAUUCAAGUAAUUGGAGGUAGCGGUGGUUCAGGAUUACCUAAGUAUGGUGGAUUAGGUGGAGAAGGAGGAAACGUAUACCUGGUCGCAAAAGAAGGAUUAACAUUACGAAGUGUUAAAUAUAAGCUGAAGGAUACAAAAUUAAAAGCAGGAACUGGAGGUGAUAGUACGAAAAAAGGCCUCAUUGGAAUACCUGGGACAGAUUUAGAUAUAUAUGUUCCACUUGGUAUUACUAUUUAUGAUGAAAAUCGCAUCAAACUUGGAGAAAUAAAUUCCAAAAAUACGAAACUGAUGGUUGCUAAAGGUGGUACAGGAGGAUGCGAAAUAACAGGAUACUGUGGACGUAAAGGCGAAAAACGUAACAUAGUCCUUGAUCUCCAAUUACUUGCUGAUGUUGGUUUAAUAGGUUUUCCAAAUGCAGGAAAGAGUACAUUUUUGAAUGCAGUUUCAAGAGCCAAACCAAAAAUUGCUAAUUAUCCAUUUACAACUAUAAAACCACAAAUUGGAACUAUACAAUUUUCAGAUUAUAGACAGAUUUCAGUUGCAGAUUUACCAGGUUUAAUUGAAGAUGCACAUAUCAAUAAAGGAAUGGGUCAUAAAUUUUUGAAACACAUAGAAAGAACAAAAUUAUUGUUAUUCAUAGUAGACAUUCAGGGCUGUCAAGUUUCUAGUAAAUUUAAGUAUAGAUCUUGCUUAGAAACUGUGCUCCUAUUGAAUAAAGAAAUUGAACUCUAUAAUCCUGAUUUACUAGAUAGACCUGCAAUGAUUAUAAUAAAUAAAAUGGAUACAGAGGGAGCAAAUGAGAUCUAUAAUGAGAUCAAACCAAAAUUACAUAAUUUGACAGAAUUUUCUUCUGAAUUUGAUGAAUCGAUCCAACCAAAAAGAGUAUUACAAUUUGAUGAUAUUUUAACAACAUCUUUGAUUUUAAAAAAUGCAACAGAAGUACAGGACAUUAAAAAAAAAAUUAGAUAUGUUAUUGACAAAUAUGAAGAACAAAAAAUUCAUUCAAAUGAUGAUAAUUUAAAUAUAGAGAUAAAACGACAAAUUCAACAAUAUACACCAACAUUUGUAUGA